AUGGAGCUGAGGGGUAAAUUUUUGCCGCAAUUCAGAGUCCGACAGCCUCGAUUGACGAGGCUUCUCUCUACCAAACGCACAAAACGCGACUCUCUCCUUGUUCUCAGCAUGUUUACUAGGGAUGCAUUUCCUGCUCAAUACUAUAGAUGGAAGAAUCUUGAGGUUCAUUGUAACAAUGACAAAAGUAUCCGUCACCCGGCUCUUUCUAAGAGCGAGAGCUCAAAGAUACCUGAAAUCUCUUUUAACCGGCUGCAGCUUACUGACCAGGAAUGUGCUGGAUUGCAAAGGAGAAACUUUGGACGCUUUGUUGCGCGUGAGGCUUUACUGGAUGAAGAAUAUUGGACAGCAGCAUGGCUCCGAGCAGAAGCCCACUGGGAAUCUUUAUCCUAUAUGAGGCAUGUUGACUGUUACAAAAGAAAGUAUGCUGAACAGGAGUUCAAUGCUUUGAAGCGGAGGUGUCUUGGGCAGGAUGGAAAUGUAUUGAAGUGCUUUUGUUUUGUUGCAGUUAAGAAGGAAGAGAAAAAUGUUAGAAGAACUGUCCUGAACAGUGUUGUAGGAACUCUGGACUUGAGCAUCAGACAAUUCAUCCAAGGGGAGACAUAUCCUGGGGAGGUAAAGAGAUUGUCACCUGUCUUGGCAAGUAAAGGGCCAUUUAAUGCGAACAAAUAUGCUUACAUUGCAAAUGUUUGUGUUGCAAAGUUUGCUCGACGUCAGGGUAUUGCUUCAAAUAUGUUAUACUUGGCAACCGAUGUUGCCACCAUGACAGGUAUUAGGCAUCUGUUUGUUCAUGUAAAUGCAGAGAACAAGACUGCUCAGGAUCUGUACAGAAAAACUGGCUUCAAGAUCUUUGAUACAACUUCAACUCCCUCAUCAAAAGAUGAGAGGCUAUUAAUGUCCAUGGAAUUGUAA